AUGGAAACUUUGAAUAAAACAUCCAAAGAAAAGCCAAGAAAUUUAUGGAAAACAGUUAAAUUUGAUGAUGAAUACCAAACUCAUGUUACUGUUUCUUCUAUUAAUUCUGCCAUUAAAUCAGGAGAGAUUGAUUAUAGAGUAAUUUAUAUGGACGAUAUAGAAAAAAGAAAAGAAACUUUUAAGGAAAAUUUUAUAAAUUGGACUAGUGGAAAUAAAGAUAUUGAUGAAUUAAUACAACAUUCGCAACUUAAUGCUGUACAUUCUCGAACAAGUCUUGAAUGGAUACCUUAUGAGAAAUUUCAAAAUGUCACUUAUAUUACCAGAGGAGGCUUUGGUAAAAUUUAUUCAGCUGAAUGGCCUGAAGGAAAUAUUUGGUAUUGGGACAUUGAAAAUCAAAAAUGGAUCCGAUCCACAAGUCGAAAAGUUGCAUUAAAAAGCUUGGAUAAUUCUUCCGAAAUUAGUACAGAUUUUUUAAAUGAGAUCAAAUCUUAUCUUCAGAUUUAUAUUUGGAGUAUUGUUUUCUGCUAUGGAAUAACUCAAGAUCCAAAUACCAAAGAUUAUAUGAUGGUUUCAUAUUAUUGUGAAAAUGGAAAUUUAAGAAAUUUCUAUUUAAAUAAUUCUAAUGAUAAUAUAAAACUUCAUAGAUUAUCAAGAAUUGCAAAUGGACUGUUAAAUAUCCACAAUGCUGAAAAAGUCCAUAAAGACUUUCAUUCAGGCAAUAUAUUGGAAGGUGGGGGUAUGUAUAUAAGUGAUUUAGGAAUGUGUCAACCAGCAAAUAAUAAAGAGGGAAAUCAGAUAAAAAAGAAGAAGGAGUUUAUGGAAUCAAAUGAAAAUAAGUCUGAAAGUAUUAAAACUCAUCCUCAAGCAAUCUAUACAAGUAGGCUUUUAAAUUUCAAAAAUCUUCCAGAACCAGUAAAUUCGUCAGAAUUAUCAUCAUUUCAAGUUAAUUCGGAUGUUCAAUUUAGCGAAUCAGAUCUCAAUAAAAUUAAUCAAGAAGAAGAAAAUUUGAAUGAUGAGUCUUAA